UGCGUGGAAGACGAUCGAUCUCGUGGGAGGCGCUCUGGAGAUGCAGAUGGAUCAAUCGGGUGGCGGGGAUGCAGAUGGAUCGAUCUCGUGUGCGGCGCCGACGACCGUGUCAAGGGCCCCCGGUUUCACCCGGGUUUCUCCCUUGCCUACUGUGAAUGGCGAACAAGUGCCUGUUGCUCCUGCCGCCGCCGCCGCCGUCGCCGCCGCCAAGGGGAAGAAGAAAUCCAGGGCGAAGAAGGCUGCGCAUCCGCGGAUGCACUUGGACAAGGCUGAAUCCGUUGCGUACAAAGCUAAUAUGAUGGCGAGGGAGGCUGCCAUGGUAGCCAAGGCCAAGGCCGAGGAGGCCCAAGAAGCUGCCAGGAUAGCCAAGACCAAGGCCGAGGAGGCUGAAGAAGCUGCCCAGGCCGCCGAGGCGGCGAAGGAGACGGAGUGGGCGCAGUGCGAGGAAGAAUUGCUCGCCUCCAGGUUCCGCGCCCGCUGGAACGAACAGUACGCCCGCCACGGCGCCACCUUCCAGGAAACUACAUCUAUCCCGCCUAUGCGUUACACUUACCCUACUCCGGAGGAGCAGUGCUACAUCGAGACUGCAGAAACUCUGCAGAUCGUUUCUCUCAAAAUCGUGUCCAUCAAUGACACUUUACACUGGCCACUGGAAGUGUUUGGUAUGGUUGCCGUGCGUGAUAUCUUGGAUCACAAGCGCAACAUUAUCUUCCAGCGACAGAGGAAUAACUGCCAAAUCAUCAAUGCCAAUGAUCCAUACCUAGCAUUGACAGGUCCAAGCCGUGCCGUUGCUGUGUCGAUGGAACCUUCGCACAUUGAGAUUUCACUGAAAGUGAAGGGGGCCACUAAAUCUGAUGAUAAAGACCUAAGCGAGCUAGUUUUGAAUUUUAGAUCUGGAUGUGUGCUUGGAGGCAUUUACCCUAGCAGGCUUAGCACGCUGGAAUUUAAAUACGAUCACAUUCCAUGCGCUGUGGAGGCCACGAUAAGCAUAAAAGUCACUGGUGGGUCUUGGCCAGAUGGUUUUCGAGGUGUGUUUACUGCUUGUGACACUGUAGAUGAUGAUCUGAAAGUCAAGUUACUUGGUUUUGAAGAUGGUGGAUUGCCUGUUGGUGCUGAUGGCAUGAUCAAGCUCUCACGCAGUGUGGUUUCCGCUGGCUUUGAUGAGAUGCUCAAAGUUUCUGCCAUGGUAUAUCCUAUUAACGGCGAUAAAGUUGCUGAUAGUAGCGAGGUAGCCUUAAAACCUGAGAUGGCCGGUAUAAGCCCCCGUGUGCUGAAGGUCGGCUCAUGUAGUAUGGAAGUUAGUGUUGGCUGGUCCCUUUUCUGUCGUUGAUCCUGACC